CCUUUCAUGGGUCACUGGGGCAAACACACUUCCUCUCCUGCGUCUUCGUAUAAAUAUAUGAUCUGGAUCCGCUUUCGGACUAUUUUCGCAGCGAGUUUAAACGAUGCCACUGCACUGGUGGCUUCUCGCGCUGGCUGCCCUUUUCAGGGCGGGCAGUGCGGUGGAAAAAACAGCAUCAGGCAGUGCACGCGCCCCCAACCACAGGUACUCCAAUGACAGUGUGGUGGAAAUCCUUAGCCCGAGGGGCCCAGCGACUUACCUCAGCACCAAGAACGUCUCCGACGAAGUACCACUUGAUGUCAUCUUCAUUAUCAACAAAAAUUCUCAAGAGGCGAACAGCACCCACGCGGCUAUAGAGUUGAAAAAGUCGAUGAACGUGACAGGCGGUGCUGCUGCUGAGCAGAGGCUUUUCUGGCACCACCAGCACCCCCCGAACAACUGUCCUAAUCACCCUUUUCCGCCCAGUGGACCAUAUUUGCCUCCGCCGCUGCCCCCUGCCGUGCCUUGCGGGGGUAUAUUUGCGAGUCAGGUGUCGGUUUUGGUCAACCCGAACCAUCCCGGGCCUUAUCCAAUGAAUGCCAAGUGCGUCUACAAAGUAAAAACGCCGCUUCUCAUUCCUACAUGUCUUCGAGUGUCCGUCGCGCAUCUCGCGAUCAGGUGGACACCAAACUGUGUCCAAGACUGGAUUCAAAUAGGUGAAAGUCAACCCCGUCUCUGCGGCGGCCUUGUGGGAGAAAAGUACUUCCGGGUCGAGGGUGGUUUCUUCCCCGUAAUCUUCCACUCGGGCCGUCUUCCCGGACCUCCAGACUCGGGAUUUAAAAUUGUCAUCUCGCAAAUUCCUUGCCAAAUUCUGCAGCCACCCCGGCCGCCUCCACGGCCCCCGAUCCACCACCCCCGACCUCCAGGGCCGCCGAUCCCUCCCGGACACUAUCCUCCUCCCCACAAACCCAUCCCUUACAAGUGGCGUUGGCUGUGGCUGCUCAAGUGCGAGUGGGGCGGCAUCGAGAAUCUGCCUCCGGGCCACUGUCCGCCCCCGCACCCACCCCGACCGAUAAAUCGGCCCCCGCCAGGACCGGGUUUUCCACCCCCGAGAGACAAGACCGACCCGCCGGCUCCGCCACCCCCGCAGCAACAAGGGCCUCUGUGCAACAGGGCGACGUCUGAGCCGGAAUUCGUCACCGUCAGUUCGGAGUGGUUGCCGUCGCUGAGCAACCUGGGCAAGCAGCACUGGAGCUGCAGACUGACGGUCUACAAGGCGCACCCGGACGCGUGCGAGCUGCAGCUGAACCUCGAGCGCCUCGAACUGGACUGCCGGCACGAGUGGAUCGAGGUCGACGGCCAAAGAAUUUGCGGAGAGCAACCCUUGAGACAGCUGAGCGUUGACUUCCGAGGGCCGGAGGCGCGGAUCGACUAUCGCAACAUGGGCACCAAACGGCCCGGCACAUUCCUGGUGCGCGGCCAGCAGAGCUUCGAGUGCAACCCUCUCAAUCUGGGAGUGACGCCGGUGAAAAAAUUAGCAGCAGCCACGCCGCCCACGCCGGGCAAUUACAUUUCACGGCCCAUCGCACAAAAUCAGCCGUGGCGGAAGAAGUGAGAGGAGAGUUUCUACAGAAAAACACCAAAUUUGUGUACAUUGUGAUGGCAAAAUAUUAAAUUUAUUUCGUGUUUAACUUUUUCUAUACAAGAAUAGAGAUGCGUCCUUUUUUCUGCGCUGCUGUUCCCCUAGUACCGUUGUUGUUGUUUGUGUGUCGUGCGGUUUGGCUUUUUGUCCGUGCUAUAUGCGGCAGCACCACACGGCGCAACGGGUGUAUACACGGGUGCAAAAAUUGACUUGUGGCCCACGAGGGUGUGUUUUCAUCACAGCGCGACGAGCACACUGCAUGACACACUCGGAAAUUCAAGCCUGAAUAAUUUAGCUCGAAUUAUGGCGAG